CUACCCGGAAGCUUGCUAGUGUAGGAAUUUCCUGUUACGUCAGGACGUCGGGCCUCCAUUAGAGCUGCAGCCGUUUUCAGAGAAACAACAACAAAACGGUCAGACUGACGGAGCUCCGCCGUGACAGUCCGCUCCAAACCUGGAAACGCAACCUUCAUUUCCCACCCGGAGCUCCGCCGGCUUCUAACCACGGCCGCUCUCGGUGAGGAAACUCUGGCCUCCGCUUCCUCCUCCUCCGACUCGGACACCGGCGGAGCGUCGCCGCCCCCGCGGAAGAAGCACCGAGCCUCGGCGGCGGAGGGAGCAGGAGAGCCCGGGGCUUCAGCAGUCGUAACAGGCCUGUCCGGAGUUGUCCUAGGACUUGCUACUCACUCUCAAGCCACCUCCGCCAUCCACUUCAACCGAAGCGUCGUCAACAACCUCAGCGGCAGCAUGCAGGCAAACGGGGCAGGACAGGGACAGGAAUCCUCGGAGCUCUCCUGCCUGAACAGCGCACAAAACGGGGAGUCAUCGUCGGCCGGGGGAGCGCACUCCAACGGGCUCCUCUCCAGCACGGACAACGGCAACAGCGUCGGCACCAGCAACGGCUCCACCACCGGGACGUCCUCGGCCGCCUCCACGGCCUCGGGCUCGGAGGUGGGCUCGCUGAAGAAGAAGAAGCGACUAUCGCAGGCGGAGGAGGAUGUCAUACGAUUAAUAGGACAACAUCUCCACGGACUGGGGCUCAAUCAGACGGUGGACCUGCUGAUGCAGGAGUCGGGCUGCAGGCUGGAACACCCGUCGGCCACCAAGUUCCGCAACCAUGUGAUGGAGGGAGAGUGGGACAAGGCUGAGAAUGAUCUCAACGAGCUGAGAGCACUGAUGCAUUCUCCCAACGCCAUUGUGCGCAUGAAGUUCCUGCUGCUGCAGCAGAAGUACCUCGAGUACCUGGAGGACGGCAAAGUCCUGGAGGCUCUGCAGGUCCUCCGGGGAGAGCUGACGCCGCUCAAGUACAACACAGAUCGCAUCCACGUCCUCAGCGGGUACCUCAUGUGCAGCCACGCCGAGGACCUCCGGGCCAAGGCCGAGUGGGAGGGGAAGGGCACGGCCUCGCGCUGCCGGCUGCUGGACAAACUGCAGACGUACCUGCCGCCCUCCGUGAUGCUGCCGCCCCGCCGGCUGCACACUCUGCUGCGCCAGGCGGUGGAGCUGCAGAGGGACCGCUGCCUUUACCACAACACCAAGCUGGACAGUAACCUGGACUCGGUGUCCCUCCUCCUCGACCACGUCUGCAGCAGGAAGCAGUUCCCCUGUUACACCCAGCAGAUCCUGACAGAGCACUGCAACGAGGUGUGGUUCUGCAAAUUCUCAAACGACGGCACCAAACUGGCCACCGGCUCCAAAGACACUACGGUCAUAAUCUGGCAAGUGGAUCCGGAGAGCCACCAGGUGAAGCUGCUGCGAACCCUGGAGGGUCACGCCUACGGGGUCUCCUACCUGGCCUGGAGCCCCGACGACACCUACCUGAUCGCCUGCGGACCCGACGACUGCUCCGAGCUCUGGCUCUGGAACGUCCAGACGGGGGAGCUGCGCACCAAGAUGUCCCAGUCCCACGAAGACAGUCUGACCAGCGUGGCCUGGAACCCCGACGGCAAGCGCUUCGUCACCGGGGGACAGAGAGGACAGUUUUAUCAGUGUGACCUGGACGGUAACUUGUUAGACUCCUGGGAGGGCGUCAGAGUCCAGUGCCUGUGGUGCCUGAGCGACGGCAGGACAGUUCUGGCCUCGGACACCCACCAGCGCAUCCGGGGCUACAACUUCGAGGACCUUACGGACAGAAACAUAGUCCAGGAGGACCAUCCUAUCAUGUCUUUUACUGUUUCAAAGAACGGAAGAUUAGCUUUGUUAAAUGUAGCAACUCAGGGCGUGCACCUGUGGGACCUCCAGGACCGGGUGCUGGUGAGGAAGUACCAAGGUGUGACCCAGGGCUUCUACACCAUCCACUCCUGCUUCGGAGGACACAACGAAGACUUCAUCGCCAGCGGCAGCGAAGACCACAAAGUGUACAUCUGGCACCGGCGUGGAGAGCUGCCCAUCGCCGAGCUCACCGGACACACCCGCACCGUGAACUGCGUGAGCUGGAACCCGGCCAUCCCGGGCCUCAUGGCGUCCGCCUCCGACGACGGCACGGUCCGGGUCUGGGGCCCGGCGCCGUUCCUCGACUCACAAGAGGCCGACGGACUGAACGAAAACUGCAGUAACAUGGACAGUUGAUGGUCACUAACGGAGCAGAUGACGUCUCUCUUUAACAACAAUCCAAGAAUCCCACAAUAAGACGAAAACUCCAACGGGCAAACACAAUCCGACACCAAGCAAGCGAAGAAUCACCACCAGAGGCCACCAACGCAAAAAAAAACCCAACGAGAAACACACAAGUGAGAAGAAUUUGUCUCCUGACUGGCAGAACGGUGGAGGCGACGACGGACCCCGAGAAGAGUCACGACCUCGACCCGGCGGCCCGGGAACCCUCCGAGCCCGGCGGGAGGCGACUCUUCCAACCGACCCUUCUUCCUCCAUUUUCCGCCGCUCGGUCAGCAGCCACGUUUCCCAGGAAGCCUCCGGACAGCCGGCUCCUCAUCGGACUACACCUGUCCUGUCUCACCUGUAUAGUGUCUCCAUUGGACUCGGGCGGGGUGUUGCCGGGGGAGGAUAUAGCAACUCUUCUGUAUGUAUGUGUUCCUCUGCCCCCGUCCUCCUCUUUCUCGCUAUAUUCUUCGCAUCUUUUGGGACAAAAAAAAAAAAACAAGGCUGAAAAUCCUCCGUUAAUAAAACACUGACCGACCAGCUGACAAAGAGAAAAAACAAAAGAGAAAAAAAAAGAGGCUAUGCUAAAUGUUUUUUAUGAUUAGUCAUAGCGUUUCGUUUCAGAGGUGAACCUUAGCUCGAGUAGUGCCCGUGGAAAGCUUUAGCGUGAAGAUUCCACUUUGUUUUCUCAGCAUUAGGAAGGAAGAAAAAAAAAAACACAAACAAACUUUUUAUUCCUUAAUUUAAAACUUCUAACAAGGACAGUCGCUGUAACGAGGCCCCGCCCCCCUCCGACGAGCUAGCCAACCGCACAACUCCAUCACAUCCGCCCGGAGGAGGACGGAGCGACCCGCGGGUCACAUAUCAGCCGACUCGGAGGUGUUCCUCGAGAGACACGCUUCGAGACGUGGAAGAAGUUCAAGUGCGACUUAAAGGUGCACGACCGCUGUCCCUCCCUAGUGUGACUGAGUGAUGGUGAGCUGUGCAUGACGUCACUGGGUGCAGAUCUAAUCGGCGCGUGUUUGUUUUAUUUCUUUUUGUACGUGUGUUCAAUUCGCACCAGCAGAAUAUUCUCGCCCUGCCUCCCUCCUCCCUCCCUCCCUACAUCCCCUCCACGCUCCUGAUCCCAGAGUCAAAAUUGUAAAGAGGAUUUUAAACCGAUUCUGAGUUAUCCAAAGCCCCAUAGGGACCUCUAUCUGUGGAACAAAGAAUACUUGAGAGCCAUUUUGUAGAAGAAGAAGAAAAAAAAAGUGUUUUUUUUAAUCCGGGGCUUUAAUUUUUACUUUUUUUUUUUUGGUUCCCCCUCCUCCUCCUCCUCCCUUUCCUCCUCCUUCAUGUGGCAUUCAAACGGCACUGAUGUUAUUGGAUCUAGCAAUGUUGAGCGAUUCAGGAAGAAAAAAAAAAGGAAGCUGUCGUGUGUCGUUUAGCAAAAAAAGAAAAAAAAGGUCAAUUCCAUACGAGAAGGUGAUUGUAAAGCGGAGAACCCACGCUGCUGUAAUCCCCCCAAAAACACACACAAACUGCCUUCCUGUUCAUACAGUUGCACACGAACCCUGAGUAUGUAUGAAAGCUCCACUCCCUCCACGCCCUCCACUCCCGCCGCUCUCUCUCUCUUGCACAUAAACCCACGACAGAGGCUGCAUUGGCAAAGACAGGAGACUGCAGCAGGAUCUGGCUCUGCCUCUAUGCACCCAAACGCAGUGACUGAUCUAAAAGUCUAUAAAGAAAGAAAAAAAAAAACGGAGAAUUUGGCGUAAACACCCCUCUUUGCUCUCCAGCCAAGUUACCCGGUGGUCAGUCGCCAUCCAGAGCUUUCUUCCUCCCGUUUUCAGGGUAUGUAAUGACUCUUUGCUACAGUAAAAUGUUUAAAAACAGUGCUUUUCUGUCUGUUUUUAUUGAACUUCUUUUGUUACUUAAUUUUUGUUUUGUUCGCAUUAUUAUAUCUUAUUUUUUUUUUUGUCUUUUUUUUUUUUUUUUUUUUUUUGGUUGUUCUCUAUUUCCUGUAUGAUCAUAUUAAAAUAUAACCAGACAUUUGGAGUCCUAAUUUUUAUUUUGUAACCUAACUUUUUCUUUUCAUCCUUUGGUUUGUGUUUUUAUUUUAUUUUAUUUAUUUUUUUAACCUCACCACUGCUUUUCACAAACGAAUAUGCACAGUAACACCCAGGCCGACAGGAAGAGUCUUAGGAAGUGUGUUACCUACAAUCAAAUCAGGUUCGGACUAUCCACCCCUCGCCUUUAACGAGUUCCCUCCAUGAACUUUGACCCGACAUCUCCCGGCGGCACACAGGUGUGGUGUUUUCUCUAGGUUCUGUUCGUCACCAUCUGGUAUCUCGUAAACCUUUUUUUUUUUUUUUUAUCCUUUCAAACUCCACUCCUGAGAAUGGACUCCUCUUCCACGCCACACAUCAUUUCAGAAGACCCGAAAACAACAACAACAACAAAAAAGAAAGAAACCAUGGAUCACCUGCUGGUGGCACAAAAAAAACAAAACGCUUUGUCUGUAUGCAACCUGGUGUCUACUCUGUUCUUCUGUCUGGAGGGAGUUGUUUCUGAUUUAACUAUGUCUUACUUCUCAGAGGUGAUGCUGGUGGUGGUGGUGGUGGUGGUGGGUCGGGACCGGGUCGGGACUGGGUGGGGAAUAAUAAGGGCUUACUGUAGCAUCUCUAAGUUCCUUGGGCUCGGGCGGGACAAAAAAAAAAAAAAAAGAUGUGUGGGGGAUUUUCUUUUGCGUUCAAUGUGUUAUUUACAAAAAACAAACAAAAAAAAGUGAUUGUACUGUUUUGUAUUGUUGUGUAGGAAAAGUGUUAUGUAUGCAUAUUUUCAAUAAAGCAUUCAGGGUUUUGAAAAAAACAAAACAAACAAACAAAAAAAAAAGAACACAGGAGUGUGGUGGUGCCGGACAUCUCUCCCGCCCUGCUCACGUCCAGGUCCACCCCCUCCCAGUCACUGCAUGUGUCCAGGCCUCCGCUGCAGAGCCGGGCCGGGCUUCUGUCAGAACUGUGUUCGGCGGGUUCGUUUCUAAAUGUCUUGUUUAGGGCUAGAGCACCCGGGAGGAGGAGGAGGAGGUGGAGGAGGAGGAGGCCGUCUCUGAUGCCAACAUUAGCAGUAAUAAGAACUAUUGCCAAUAAAGUCGAGUUAUUUUAAGUAA